AUGACGUGGACGCUUCACAACGCCGCGUCCGCGCAAGCAUCCGCGGCGGACGAAAACGCAAACCUUCUUGACCAAUACAACGACAUGCAAGAUCUCCAUCAGUGCCGCCCGUCGAGUGCCGGUCUUCCGCCAGUCACUCUCUCCGACGAACCGGGGACUUGGUCAUACAACACCAUGAACUCGCGUCUGCGAGACGACAUUUUGAAGCGCAUAUUUGACGAGAACAAAGCGUUUCUAGAAGACCACCCGCAAUGUUUACAUCGCCUGCGGGCGCUCGACGCCGAAAUGGCCGAAUCGCUCACGUCGCCCCUCCAGUAUCUGUCUGCGGUUGAAGAAUCGGAGAAGGAAGCAGGAGAAAGUAAUGCAUACUCAGUGGACGUGGAGAAGGCAGACGUACAGUUGUGGAAUGACAUCCUGGCAAAGUGGGUUGAGAAGGGCGCGACGUGGGCCACUGCUCCUUGGCUAGUAGCGGAGUUGUAUUUCUAUCGACGCGUUGCCCAUGCCUUUCGCCACUUCACAACGCGUUAUGACCCUUUCGAGAAACAAAAACAUGCUGGUCUUCGCGGAUGUGUUCCGAUGCUGCUUCGGUUUGGGGAGUCCCUACAACGCAUGCAUGGUACAACAGGCUGCACGUCGAACGAUCCGCUAGUGUUUAAAGCUGGUCUACGGAGUGCCAUUGUUGGCGCGCUUCAGGGAAAUGCUGCAGAUCUCAGUCUCUGGCCAUGCAACCAUCACGAUGCGGAGGUCGAGAUGGGCCAGGAUACCACAGCCUCUUCCACUCUAGGAGAGGAUGACGAUACGUCUCGCUUGCUCUGCGACGACUUUGAGGCCUUCUUCGAAGACGUGCAAACUCUGGUAGCUUUGGGGGGCUCGGCCCAGACUCAAGCAGGAGAGAAAAGGCAACGCUCUGCGUUCAUCUUCGUAGACAAUGCGGGGUCGGAAGUCGUUACUGACAUGUGGCUGGCAUGCGUUCUCCUGGAAUAUAAAGUCGUCGACAAAAUCGUUUUCUACGUCAAGCAGUACCCGAUUUUUGUGAGCGAUGCGUUACCGAAGGACUUCCAGCUGACCUACGACUGGAUUCAACAACAGGCUACUGCAGCGAGAACUUCCGUCGCUGCGCUGGCGGAUUUGUGGCGCUCGUACGUGGAAAGCGGCAAAUGGGAGGUGAAGGCACACGCUUACUUUUGCAUGCCUUUCGAGUACUCGGAAAUGCCGAGCAAGCUCUACAAGGAGCUGCGAGAUAAUGCUGCCGUUGUUAUCAGCAAGGGCGAUGCAAACUACAGGCACAUUCUUGGCGACCGCGCUUGGUCAAUGCAGACUCCCUUCUCCGAGGUGGCGCAGUACAUGCCAUGCCCGCUGUUGGCGCUCCGCAAGCUCAAGGGCAAUAUCGCGUGCGGUAUUCCAGCAGAGCAGGAAAGACAUGCCCAACAGGCAGACAAGUGCUGGAUGGUUAAUGGAAAGUGGGGCGUGAUCCACUACUACAGCCCUCGGCAGCAAAACACAACGGCGGUGUGA